AUGGGUCCCAACGCGCUUCCGUCCGUUAUUGUCACGGAUAAGGAGUUGGCGCUUAUGAAUGCCAUCACAAAUGUUUUCCCUCAUGCUACCAACCUCCUAUGUAGGUGGCAUAUUGGCAAGAACGUAUUAGCCAAGUGUAGAAAGAUGUUUGAUGACAAGAUGUGGGAGGAGUUUAUUUGCAGUUGGGGUCUAGUCGUCCUUUCAUCGAGUGUUGCACAGUACGAGGAGCGCCUUUGUGUUUUGAAGCGUAAUUUUGAAAUGGUUCCUACAGCACUUGAAUACGUCGAGAAAAAUUGGUUGGUACCCUACAAAGAGAGGUUUGUAGGAGCUUGGACAAACAAAGUCAUGCAUUUCGGAAACCUAACAAGUAACAGAGAGUUCACAUUCGCAGCUAAAAAAUAUCUUGAAAACUCGCAAUGCAAUUUUGAUACUAUAUGGGAGAAGAUUCACAGAUUGAUGUUGUUACAAGUUACUGAAGUAAAAGCUUCGUUUGAGAAGAGCCUCAAUUCUAUGCAACAUGAUUUUAGGACAACUCUAUUUGAUAGGCUAAGGGGAGUUGUUUCGUCAAAUGCCAUGACACUUGUUUUAGCGGCAUCCCAUCAAGUCGAAUGGUUUGUGGAAUCGAAGCGUCAGUGCGAGUAUUCUUUGAGGCACACCCAUGGUAUACCUUGCGCUCAUGAGAUUGCUCCUUAUAAGAUGGCAAAUAUCCCCCUACCGAUUGAGUUAAUCUAUGACCAUUGGAAGAGGCUUUCUUUGCUUGCACCCAAGAAUGAGGGUUCGAUAGAGGAGAGGCUUUUGGCUCACUUUGAUUGUUUUUACAACAAGUUCUUGAAUGAAAAUCAAUAUGAUGUAAAGCUCAAUUAUGUUAAGAAAAUGCAAGAGCUUGCUCAUCCGAAAAUCAGCACUCUCCUUGAACCCAAAGUGAAUGCACAACCACACGGUCGGAAGUCAACGAAAGAAAAAAAUGCAGCCAAAGAACAAAAUUCGACACGUAGGGAUCCCUCGGAAUUUGAGCAUGUUCUCGCCUCCCUUCAAACCCCUAAGCCCGUCAAAGAGAAACCGCGGCGCAAUCUGAAAGGGAAAGCAAAAGUUCCAGCACAACUUUUUAUAUGCCCCUUCAUCAAUCAGUUCCCAGAAGCAAUAAGACCUUACAUAGAAUUGGUCAAGGAUGUUGAAGAUGAUGGGAAUUAUGGGUUUCGGGCAGUGUCGAGCUUCAUGAAAGGCGAUGUUCAUGAGUGGUUAAUGGUAAGAAGUGAUUUACUGAAAGAGUUGGAAACACAUUUACACCUUUACGAACAAGUGGUAGGGGGGACCCAGAGGGCUAGGGAAUUACUUCACAUCUUGUCAUGGUAUGAAAGUCCGGCACCCCAGGAACAUUGGAUGACAAUGCCAAACAUGGGUCACAUCAUAGCAUCUGCUUAUAAUUGUGUCCUUGUCCAUUUAUCAAAUGUUCAAUGUCUUACAUUCCUCCCCCUCCAAUCGAAGCCUUUACCCUCCAUGAAACGAAAGGUUAUUGCUAUCGGGUUUGUUGACGGUGGACACUUUGUACAGGUAUUCCUAAAAAAAGGUUCCCCUAUGCCGCCAAUAGCUUGCAAUUGGAAAAAACAUCGUCUUUCUAUCGCUAAAAAUUGGGAUGCAGCCCAUGUUGCGGCCAUUCAGAAGUUCAACGAGAUCAUCAACGUUGACGUAGCAAUAAAGGAGGUCAUCCAUGUCAAGUAG